UGUGAAUAAGAACGUAUGGCGUCUAGAAACUGAAAUAUUUGCAAACUCAACCUGAAGUAGCAGCAAGCUAGCUUGUUCGUUUCGUUAGUUAGUUAUAUAUCUUAGACAACUGUCCAUUCAUUAUUUUGGACUGUGGAAGUAAAGGCAAUGUCACAUUUAACCGAAAGUUGGUAUUGCUGGUAAACGUUAACUAACGCUAACCGAUAUUAUUACAAAACCAUUCCACCCAAGAAGAUUUCAUUUUUGCAAGGAUGAUGUCUAAACUCAGCUUCAGAAGAAAUGAGAAAGUGCCAUUUAAGCACAUAGCUCAUGGUUUGAUCCCCGCCGCCACCAUUGCCCCCAGACCAGCAGUUCCCCGCACCCCUCCCCCUCGCAGUCCAUACCCCUCUCCAGAACGACCCAGAUCUGCGCUGGCUGCUGCCAUUUUGUCCUCGUCAUUAACUGGCCGCACAGUGGCCAUCCCUCCGCCGCGACAGAGGUCUUACUCCGAGAGUGAAUGCUCUCAUUCUGAAAACUGGACUGCUCUGGAGCCCUAUGCCAGUACUGCCGAGUUCACAAGGAGUCGGUGGUCUCAGUCUGAGGUUGUCAGGCCACGCUUGCCUUCCCCCGAACAAAUUGCUGGAUUGUAUGAUGAUGAAGAUGAUGAUGAAGAAGAGGAAGAGGUAGAAAGAAAUGUGCUCUCAGAUCCCGAUGAAGGCCACAUCUAUCAGUCUUUGGAAAGGCAGGGGAGGAGUCCAGUCAACAGCAAGAUCUACGCAGUGCCAAAUAAACUGGGUGGAGGUCAGUGUGAGUUCAGUGACGGGACGGAUGAGUCUGCUUACGGUGUAGUGCCCACGCAGCUCGCAGAAGAGGACUCUGCUCGACGUGAAAGGGCUCCGUCAGUGAAAGUGGAGAGGCGGCUGUCUUCUCAAAGGGCCGUAUCAUCUCCAGAUUUUGCGAAUGACUUGAGCAUGGAGUCCCCCAAAGCAAGCCGCUGCUCGCCGAGGAAGAGAAGGGCGUCCAAGAGGAGCUCAGUGAGAGACGCACAGACAGUGGCGGAGGAUGAGGCAAGCAGAGAGGUGGUGGAAAUGCAGAAGGAGUUGAUGCGAGGGUUGAGGGAACAGAACCAGCGUCUGGCCGCAGAGAAGCAGGCGCUGGCGCAGAAAUGCGAGCAGCAGGACCUCCUGCUGCAGAGGAGCCAGGAGCGGCUGCAGCAGCUGGAGCAGCACCGCCCGAGGCUGCAGGCCUCCAGGGCCCCCAGCCCCUCUGCAGGUGAACGGGCUGAACUGCACGCCCUCCGGCAGCAGGCCCAGGAGCUGGUGGAUGAGAACGACGGCCUUAAAAUGACUGUGCAUCGCCUCAACGUGGAGCUGAGCCGAUAUCAGGCCAAAUUCAGACCGCUGUCUAAGGAAGAGAGCACACGGAUCAGCGCCUUGCCACCGAAAGGACCCGCGCCUCCCUGGCUGCUGGACACAAAGUAUUUGUCUCCUUUGUUGCUGGCUUAUGAGGACAGGAUCAGUGAGAAAGACUCUCUGUUACAGGAUUGUGAGGAGGACCUGAAGAGGUUCCGCGAACGUGUUGAGCAGGUGGUGCAGGAGAACGAGAAGCUCCAUGAACAAUUGAGGAAGACGAGGGGUGUCAGUCAGAAGGAGUGGCGCCAGCUGCAGGACCAGGCCAAGCUGGUGCUGAAGGAGAACCAGGUCCUGAUGGAGCAGCUGGAAGUGCAGCAGGCCAAGUCCAAGGACAGCCACAGUCGGCAUCUGCAGGAAGUGUCCAAAGUUACCAAGGAGCUGAUGCUGCUGGAGGCGGAGAAGGAGGGCCUGCAGGAGGAGCUGCAGGAGGCGCGUGGAGAGCUGCAGCAGGCCCGCUCCUCCCUGGAGGGAGCAGUCAGCUGGGAGGAGCACUGCGCCAUCACCAACAAACUGAAACGGCUGCUUGAGCAAGAGGAGGAGAGGAGGAAGAGUGAAGUGGAGGACCUGAUGAGCCGAGUAUCAUCCCUUCAGACGGAGAAGAAAAGUCUGUUGCUGGAGAAGACCAAGCUCGCGGCAGACACGAAGAGCAUGGAGGAGGAGCUGGAAAUGUCGCGCCAUGCUAACAGAAAAGCUCAGAGGAAGGUCGGCCUGCUGAAGCAACAGAUGGAGGACUCGCUGGACAAGGAGCUGCUGGCCCACCAGUACCUGAGCGGCGUGGUGGCCCUGGCAGAGAAGACCACGCAGGAGCGGGACCAGCUGAUACACAUGGCCUCCACCCUGGAGCAGGACAAGCAGGGGGUGCUCGCCCAGAUCAUCCAGGGCACUCUGCGCCUGGGGAAGCUGCAGGAGAAGGUGAAGGUGUACAAAAAGCAGGCGGCCGCCAGGCUGGGGGUGCUGGGCCACCGGCUGCUGGAGCAGGAGGACGACUUCGCCGGAAAGGCAGCGUCCUACCAGAGAGAGAUCCGCCACCUCCAGCGGCUGCUGCGCGACAAGCAGGAAGCGCUGGACGGAGCGCUGCAGCAGAAAAGAGCCGCCGAGGGUGAGCUGGAGAUCGUCUGGGAGUCGACGACCAGGGAGAACCUGCGCAUCAAGGAGGCCCUGCUGGAGUCCCUCACCAAGGACAGCCUGGCGGAGGCGCUGGACCGAUCCUCGUCCCCUCACGCGGGGCUGCUGGCGCUGGGGCUCGUCCCGGGGCCUACGUUGGGCUGCUGGUCCCAGCAGCAGCAGCAGCAGGAGGAGGAGCCCUUUCCCUCUCCGCUGACCCGCACGGGGGGCUCCGCCCCCCCUCCCCUGACGUCCCGCCGGAGCGCGGCCGUCCCGGGGCUCCACCGCAGCCCCAUGUUCGAGUCCGACUCGGACCAGCAGCAGAACCCGUCCUCCGACGAGAGCGAGAAGAACGGCUUGGACUUCUACUCGUAGACCCGCUUGGGCUGACCCAACACCGAGCUGUAGACUAAUCUACACCCCCACACACGCUCUGAAGUCUAAAUAUGAGUCCCUGCAUUGGCUUAUGUCUGGCUGGGAGCUGUGUAGCAUGCACAGAUACCCAUAGGAAUGCUUCUUUCAUAUAAAAUCAGGCUUAUCUGUAGAAUUCAGUUUUUCUUAGGAUUAGAUAUGUACAUUUAAGAGUUUAACGUUUCAUUUUGUGUGGCGUACCCUGGAUGAUAUUAUUAUCCUUAUAAACUGAAUCAAACUCUUUCCAAUCAAUAGACUUUUCCACAAGUUGCUUGAUGAUACAUAUUUUAUUGAGCUCAUGUUCACACUAGGAGGUACCUAUCAUCUAGAAUGCUGGAUCUAUAAUGCUUUUUAACAUUUGAUGUAGCAAGGGAUGUAUCUCUACUCUUAUCUGACUUUCUGUGGCAUACAGGGUGUACACGUUGCCAAAACAGGGUGCAUUUUGUUCUUCACAGUAAGUGCAUGAAAGAUUUUGUGAAGGCGGCUGACUUGCACAUGCAGAACAGAGAUGGGUACCAGUGUUACCAAAGAAUUUUAUGAUUGCCAAUUGCAUUUGACCAAGUUGUUCCACUGUCUUUAUCGGUGGUAGGAAAAUUAUACGGGUCACACCCCAGACAUACAGUUUGAUUAUGGGUUGACCAGUGUCAAAACAAGAUGUUAUGCUUUAUAAGAUACAUACUAUAUUAAGGGCAAUGCAGUGUAUCCAGCUUUUGAAAGUGAUCUCUGGCCUUUCAAAAAUAAUUUGCCCUGAAAUGUCUUGUGUAGUAAGAAUGUUUUUCAUGUAUUUCAAGUUUUGUCUGUUCUGUUUGUACAUCAGGAAUAGAUGUUUGCUGGCUGGCAUAUUUUUAUAUGAUUUCAAGAGAUUUACUUGCUUGAUUUUGAGCACUGCUGGUAUGUUGAAAUACCUAAGACAACUAAAUGUUUAAUAAAUUUGUAAUCUUACUUCAGUGCACACAUUGCAGUCAUAGUGAGUAAUCAAACUCAAAAUAGCUCUUAAUCUUCCAAAUGUAGUGAGCUCCAUAAUGUAUGGGACAAAGGACUCUUGACUAUUCUAACUAUUCACAAGUUGUCCAUGGGCGAAUUCUCAGCUUUUAUUAAAGGUUAUUGUUAUUUUUUUUGGUUUCACCAUGUAGAAAUCACAGCACCGUAAUGUUUGGGACAAGUGGCUUCACAGGUGUUUCUGAUUAGUCAGGUUUGUUCAAUAGCUUCCUUACUGAAGGUAUAAGAGUGCUUCCAGUCUCUAGUCUUCAUUCAAAGUUUUUGAUUGCCUUUGGAGUUCGUGCAUAUACACACGUACAUACACUGCAGUCUGUGAAUAUUUGGACAGUGACAUUAGCAAGAAUGCACAAGUGAGCUUGGCAAUGACAAACAACCUGGUUGACCACGGAAGACCACUGUAGUGAAUGACCGAAAAAUACUUUCAGGUGUGAAGAACUCCCCUUUUCAUCUGUCAAACAGAUCAAGAACACUGUCCAUGAUGUAGGCAUAAGUGCGUAAAAGACUAAAAUAAAGAAAGGACUACACCAGCAUAACCUCAGUGGGUUCACUGCCAGAUGCAAACCACUGGUAAGCCUCUAGAACAGAACAGUUUGGUUAGAGUUUACUAAAAAAAAAGUACAUUAAAAAACUAGCACUCUGGAACAAACUCUUAUGAUGAGAUUAGCCUGUACCAAAGUGAUGGGGAAAAAAAAGUUUGGAGAAAAAACGGAACUGCUCAUGAUUCAAAGCACCUGUCCUGAUUUUUUUUAACAUGGUGGAGGUAGUGCUGUGGCUUGUGCAUUUCUGGCUACCAGUGAAACUGGCCCACUUUAUUGAUGAUGUGACCGCUGACAGCAGCAGCAGGAUGAAUUCUGAAGUGUGCAGAAAUAUAUGCUCAGAUCCAACCAAAUGCCUCAAACCUCAUUGGACGGUGCUUCAUAUUGCAGCAAGACAAUGACCCCAGGUGACACACUGCUAAAGCAACCAAGGACCAAAGGGCCCAAGAAUGGAAUGUUCUUGACUGGCCAAAUGACUUGACCUGAAUCCAACUGAAGAUGCUUUGCUCAAGACAAGACUGAAGGAAAAUAGGUACUAAAUAUGAUGACUUUAUAUUUCAGAUCAUGUUAAAACCAGAACCAAAAAAGCAAAUUCUGUCACUGUCCCAAUUGCCUUUACUUUUUGCAUAUGUAACAGUAUGUAACUUUUGUCAUUAUAUCAAUGAAGUAAUCAUUUUAAAAAUGUUUUGUGUUAACUCUGUUUUCCUUUGUCUAAUAUUACAUUUUGUCUAAAGAUCUGAAACCAUUCAGUCUGACAAAUAUGCAAUAAUGGAGGAAAUCAGGAAUGUCAAAUCAUUUUCCAGGACACUAUUGUUUCUACUCUAGGAUUUGUAAAAUUUCAAUAAAACCAAAUGUUACAAGUCCCA